AUGUUUGAGCCCGACAAGGGCCUCGAUAGCGGGCCGGGAGCGCAGGGGCCGAAGCCCUCACUUAACCGCUUGAUCUUGCGCGCCAUCGCUAACGACACCAAGCGGGCAUGGCAUAACCUCCGCAGCUCCAGCUUCAGACAGGUUAUGAAGACGCACCCAGGAGAAGCAUUUGGUGCUAUUUUUGCUAUAGCAGCCGCCCUCGCCGUCGCCGGCUACUGCAUUUAUAUCUACUUUAACUACUUUUACAGCCCGCAAUUCACCCGCUACCCAGAGCCAAUAGCCCAAGCUUUGCGCAAGGCGCUCUACUACAGCAACCACGAGAUUGACCCUCAGCGCGCCCUCAAACAUUAUAAGCAGGCGCUGGAGCUGUGCGACGAGUUUAAGCUGGACCACUUUUCGGAUGACGUCAUGGGCAUCAAGAUCCAGGUGGCUGCGUGGCUGGAGAAGAUACAGAGCUUCCGGAACGCAAUUGACGUAUUGGAGACUCUGCUGAGUGAUUGCAAGCGCUGGGUCGAUGCGAUGGAGAAGGCUGCACGUGAGGGAACCCUGCCACCCUUGACCCCGUCCCCGCCGCCGGAGCCCAAGGAGGGUGAGCCGGCCCCUGAUACUCCGCCGCCGGAACAGCAGCUGCCGGUUGAGACGUGGUGGGGGAAGAGGACGAGGAUUUUGGGCAAGGCGAUUGGGAUUAGUGUGAAGUUGGCGGAGUUGUAUUCGGAUGAGCAUGUCCUGGAGAGGGAGCUUGCUCAUGAGCGGCUGGUCUGGGCUGUCGAGACUAUCUUCAGGGAAACACAGAGAAGGGCAAAGGAAGGCUUGAAAGAGGGUGAGGGUGAAUGGUUGAAGCCUGAAGAGAUUGGUGGCAGCAUGGAGGCUCUUGCGCGCAGCUACACCGACAAGAGCCAACACCAUCUUGCCCUCCCCCUUUAUUUCCAAUCUCUUCGCCUUUGCGAAGACCAAUGCCACAUUGCUGUCCUGAUGAACAAUAUCGCAUCUAGCUUUGCUGAACACCCCCUCAUGCGUCCCGGCGAUGCCCCCGUGCACAGCAUGAUGGGCGAAGCUUUGACAUGGACUACACCCGCCGAGCAACGGGCAUCCUACCUCGAGGCAGCCCAGAGAUGGGCUCAAAAUGCUUUCAAGCAUGCCUCAGAGCCACUCGGCAAUAAGCGCACCCCUGAGUGUGAUCAGGCAUGCGCCGCGGCGUUGACGAACCUGAGCGAGGUGCUUUCUAUGUUGGGACGGAAGAGCGAGGCGCGGAGUCGGCUGGAGCAGGCGCUGAAAUAUAGUAAGGAGAAGGGGCUGGAGGAGUGUGCUAGGGAAGCGGAGGAGAGGUUAAGGAGUUUUGAAGGAGGUGUGAAGCAGGCAUAG